AUGACCCCAGACAAUCCAGUCUACAAGACCUGUCCCAACCCAACCUGUGGCGGCUCCAAUGUCGAAGAACAGGAUGGCCAGCUCGUCUGCAAGGACUGCUUCACCGUUGUUGCCGAAACCAACAUCGUCGCCGAAGUCGAAUUCAACGACGAAGGCGGCGGCCGAGCAACCGUGCAGGGCGCUUCCGUCCACGAGAACUCCCGCCAUGCAACCACUUUCGGCGCCGACACAUUCAAGAGACUCGGUGGUGGCGCACGCAACUCCGCCGCUGAGACUGACCGCGCUGGCAAGCGUGCCCUUGCUGCCUUGUGUCCCAAGCUCGGCAUCACCGACGACAUUACCGUCCAGGCUGAGUCCAUCUGGAACAUGGCCGCCCUGAACGGCUUCACCUCUGGCCGUAGGUCGGAUGAAGUCGCUGCCGCCUGCUUGUACGGCGCUUGUCGUCGACGCAAGGAAAACACCAUCCUGCUCAUGGACAUUGCCGAGCUCAUCGAAAUCAACGUCUUUCGACUCGGCGAAGUCUACAAGGACAUGUGCAGAGAACUCUAUCUCGCUGACGAGACCGGUGUUGGCUUUCAAUACCUGGUCGAGCUCGAACCCCUCAUAUUCAAGUACUGCCAAAAGCUGCAGUUCGGAGACAAGACCAACGUCGUCGCUGAAGACGCCCUCAAGAUCAUCCGACGUAUGAACCGCGACUGGAUCGUGUCGGGUCGCCACCCAGCUGGCCUAUGUGGUGCUUGCAUCAUUCUUGCUGCCAAGAUGAACAACUUCCAGCGCAGCGUCCGGGAAGUCGUCUAUGUCUCCAAGGUCGCCGAUGUCACCAUUGCCAAGCGUGUUGAAGAGUUCCGCCGAACCAAGAGCGCCGCUCUCACCGUCAACGAGUUCCGCGAGUACGCCAACAGAAUCAAGUAUCAGCACGAUCCACCCUCCAUGACAUUGGCUGAGGAGAGAGAGCGCAUUAUGCAGAAUAAGAAGCGAAAGAGAGAAGAGCACCGCCAAAGCACUGCACGCGAUUCGCAAGCCCAAGUUCCUCCAUCUCAAGAAUCCGCCCCACCACCUCAAACCGCACCGCGCUAUGACGCCGACGGUUUUGCCAUCCCAGCUUUGCCACAGGCACUGGCGGCACAGUUCCCGUUCCCAAUCGACCCUGCGCUCACUGGCGAGGUACCAUCGUCGCCAGAGCCAGAGCAGCCUGCAAAGCGCGGCCGCAAGCGCAAGACGGACAAGCCACCAGAGAUCAUCCUCUCUCAAGAAGAGUUAGAUGACGAAGACUAUCUGGAGAAGGAUAUUGAGGCCGCCCUCGGAAAUCAAGAACUUGAGGAUAAACGCACCGAAGUGGAAAAGGCAAAGGCAGUAGCAAUGGAAGAAGAGAGAAUCGAGAGAGAACUCAAGCGAGCCCAAGCCCUGUCCGAAGAGCGGCAGAAGAUGGACAUUGAGAAGAACAAGGCGAGACGCGAAGCUCAAGAUGACGGCGACUGGUUCGGUCCUGCUCCGACGGGAGUCGAAGUCACCGCAGAAGAGCUCGAGAAAGAGUUCGAAAAUGAUCCAGAGGUUGAUCGUUGCGUACUGCAGCCGUUCGAAGUGGAGGUCAAGGAGCGUAUCUGGGUUGCUCAUAACGAAGACUGGCUGCGUAGGCAAGCCGAGAGAGAGCUGAUUGCCAAGAAUGCGCCCGCUCAGAGCAAGCGAAAGACCAAGAAGGGAGGCAAGGAGAAGACGAAGAAGAAGAAGCGCGGCAAGAUGGGAGAUGGUAGCGUCCUCACAGACAGCGCAACGCCAAUUCUGACGCCAGCCGAUGCUGCCAGAGCCAUGCUUGAAAAGAGAGCCCCCAACAAGUCCGCACACGUCGACUUCAGCGCUUUGGUGAAGAUCUAUGGUCGGGACACGCCUUCACGUGCAAGCAGCUCGGCGGCGGAAGGCAGCGGUAGUGGUAGUGGCAGUGGGCCACAAUCAAGAGAAGAGACUCCUGCUGCAUCACGACAGCAGUCAGCGACACCAGCACCGUCCGAGACAGACAGCCAAGCCGCACCACCAUCGAGGGACGAGACUCCUGCCGCAUCACGACAGCAGUCAGCGACACCAGCACCGUCCGAAGUAGAGAGCCAAGCGGCCGAGGGAGCUGCCGCAAGCCCCGAGGCAGAUGCUGGCGGACAGGAGGCAGUGGAGAAUGGCGAGGAGCAGGCCCGCGGUGGCGAAGAGGAGGCGGAGGGCGGCGAAGAGCACGUCGAUGUUGACACCCAGGUCCAACCAGCGACCUGGGACAACAUCGACGAAGACUACUACGAGGAGGAGGAGGAAGAAGAAGAGAACGAUUACCGUCGAGCAAUCAAUGCCGACGUGGAGGAGGACGAGUUCGGUGUCGUUGGCGGAGGCUACGACAGCGAGGGCGAGGAGUACGAGUAA